UAUUGUUUGAUUAGCACCAUCAUUGUUUAUCGACAAGCUUCCAAUACGGUUCAUCAAUGGCGAACCUCGGAGAUCUAAGACGCUCGGCUAACCGUAUAGCUGAAAAGUUUGUGCCCACUUCAGAUUGGACUCAGGACGCCAAGGGCAAUUAUCUCUUUGUUGAUCUUCCAGGCUUCAAAAAGGAGGAGUUGAGACUUGAGCUUACUUCCACUGGUCAUAUAAACAUCAGUGGAGAAAGGGCAGUGGAUGAGAACAAAAGCAUAUAUUUCGUGGAAACCUUGGCACUGCCUGAAAACUCAGAUACGGAUAACAUCAGUGGCAAUUUCGACGGUGAUUUUCUCCACGUAACAGUCCCAAGGAGACCAGUUGUAGAAGAAAAUAAACAAGAGGAUGAUGAGAUCACAAGGAAUGAAAAUGGCAAUCCCACUGCAGAAAAGACCAGUGUACAAGAAGAACCUAACAACAACGAGGAGAAAGGAGAUGUCAGCAAGGAAACUAGUUACCUCCGUGUUGCCAGUCUUCCAUUGGAGAUGGCGAUGAAGUUCCUUAAGAAGAAUAAGGGGGCUGUUCUUUCGGUUGCUAUAGCGUUUUCGAUUGGGAUGUUGGUGUGUCGAACGUUUGAAUCAAGUGCUGCUGAAUAACUCAGGAAGCAAUUUGAUUGCCAUUCAUGUCAGUAAAUAAACUUAAUUAUCUACGAUAUGAUGCAUGUAAAGAAUACAAUAAAGCUGAAUUUCAAUUGAAAAAACCUCCAUUUUCUUGUC